AUGUCUUUCUCCGGCCGCCGCGUCAGUAUUCUGCGCCCCUCCAACCGGCGCCUCUCCGUCAGCAAGGGACUGUCCGAGAACGAGGAACGGUCCGAGACUCAUCGUCAAUUCCGAACCGCCCACGAGGGUCAUCGUCCCCACGCCGGUCUUGACGCAUCCCGUGCUUCCACUGGUGUUGUCUGGUGCACAGAACGUGCCUCCGAGCAUGGAUUUUCUGAUGACCCUUCAAGUUGGGCCAACCUAGGUCAAGGUGCCCCCGAAGCCGACGAUGAUAUCGAGGGAAGCUUUCCCCGCCCGACGUCGAUCCCCAUCUCAUCUGCCUCUCGGGAAUACGGCCCGACCGCCGGUAUCAAACCGCUACGUGCCGCUGUCGCUCGUCUGUAUAACGAACAUUACCGCCAAGGCAAGGACAGCCAGUAUACCUGGGAGAAUGUGUGCAUUGUGCCCGGUGGCCGUGCGGGUUUGAUCCGUAUCGCCGCCAUUUUGGGCAACUCGUACCUCUCGUUCCCGAUUCCCGAUUACUCUGCAUACAAUGAAAUGCUCACCCUGUUCAAGAAUAUUGCCCCCAUCCCCAUGCCCCUGUCUCAGGACGACCACUAUCACAUCCAUCCCAAUAAGAUUGCCGAGGAAAUCGCCCGUGGCACCCAGGUGCUGCUGACCUCCAACCCCCGUAAUCCCACAGGUCACUUUGUAUCGCACGAGGAGCUCGCUGAGAUCCAAGAUAUCUGCCGUGACCGCGCGACUCUGAUUCUCGACGAGUUCUACGGUGGCUACAAUUACACGACUGGCUGCGAUGGCAGCACGAUCAGUGGAGCCGAGCACAUCGUUGACGUUAACCAGGACGAUGUGCUCCUGAUUGAUGGUCUCACCAAGCGCUUCCGUCUUCCUGGCUGGCGCAUUGCUUGGGUCGUUGGACCUAAGGACUUCGUCGACGCCCUCGGCUCGGCCGGUUCGUACCUGGACGGUGGCGCCAACGUUCCCUUCCAGGAGGCCGCCAUCCCCAUGCUGGAGCCAUCGCUCGUCCGUGAGGAGAUGAAGGCACUGCAGUCGCACUUCUGUGAGAAACGUGACUAUGUCCUGGGUCGACUGCACGAGAUUGGAUUCCGUGUCCAGGAUGUCCCUCAGGCGACUUUCUAUAUCUGGCUCGACCUGACUUCUCUCGACCCGCCACUACCCAAGGAGGCCAACAUCUCUGAUGGCCUGAACUUCUUCAACGCCCUGCUGACCGAGAAGGUCAUCGUCGUACCGGGUAUCUUCUUCGACCUGAACCCGGCUAAGCGUCGUGACCUGUUUGAUAGUCCUUGCCACCACUUCGUUCGUCUCAGCUAUGGUCCCAAGAUGGAUGUCCUGAAGAUGGGUCUGGACGGCAUUGAGCGGGUCAUCAAACGGGCGCGCGAGAUGGGCAUCAAGAAGCAGUGGGAGGACGAGGUUGCCAUCCAGGAUGAUUAG